GGUGUGAAGUCACUGAUGGCAAGAGAUCGAUGACGAAAAUCUUGCGGAUUUAACGGCCUGGUCGACUGGGUUCUCCGCACAUUCUGACCGAGAUGCAGAGCGUGUCUUGUGCGCGCGAGCUGCACAGCUUCCGGAGUCAGUUCCGGGCGAGUGUCACGCUCGGAUGAGCUCUCGGUUUGUUCGAAGACUGCAUCUAGGACGGGAUGUUCCUGUAUUGUGGGGCUAACGCUGUCACAGCUGUCAGAAGCGGGAGUAUCGGCUGGAGCGGACAACCCUGUUACGCAGACCUGACUGGUGAUGUCUGCAAACAGCAAUGCCGUGGAGGAGCCGCAGGUGAGUCGGCAGAUGUGCCGGGACAGGUCCAUGCAUCGGAGCUAUGUUUGUUUGUGGGACCUCACUUGCCUUCGCUCCAUCACCAUGCUCUGUCGGAGCACCCACAAAUCAUCUGCCAUGCAUCGUGUAGGGAGCUAGAGCGGCGACGGACGCGUUGUUGACCAUUCGAACGAUCGGUAGCUGCAUUGUUCGGCGCCGCACACAUCGCCGUAGUGGCGACGUCUCUGCU